AGCCGAGUCGGAGCCCCGCCGGAGCCCGGCCUCAGCCCCAGCCCCAGCCAGAGUCCGCACCAGCGGAGCCCGAACGGCGGACCCCGAGCCCCCGCGGCACCGGAGCCCCAGCCGGUGAAAGCAAGGUCCCUGGACUGCUCAGACGCCACCUUGUAGCCCUGGUAGAGUCAAGAUGAGGCUUUCAUCAAUGAGGGCUGCAGCCUGAGCAGAUAGCAUGAACGACUACUGGAGGUGAACACCAUGGCUACAGGAGGUAGCCGGGCCUUUGCAUGGCAGGUGUUCCCACCCAUGCCCACCUGCCGGGUUUAUGGCACAGUGGCAUACCAGGAUGGGCACCUGCUAGUGUUGGGGGGCUGUGGCCGGGCUGGAAUGCCCUUGGAUACUGCCGAGACACUGGACAUGGCCUCACAUACAUGGCUGGCACUGGCGCCCCUGCCCACCGCCCGGGCUGGCGCAGCUGCUGUGGUGCUGGACAAGCAGGUGUUAGUGGUGGGUGGUGUGGAUGAAGGCCAGAGCCCGGUGGCUGCUGUGGAGGCCUUCCUGCUUGAUGAGGGCCGCUGGGAGCGUCGGGCCACCCUCCCUCAGGCAGCCAUGGGCAUUGCAACUGUGGAGAGAGAUGGUAUGGUGUAUGCUCUUGGGGGGAUGGGCCCAGACACGGCCCCCCAGGCCCAGGUUCGGGUAUAUGAGCCCCGCCGGGACUGCUGGCUUUCGCUACCCUCCAUGCCGACACCCUGCUAUGGGGCGUCCACUUUCCUGCAUGGGAACAAGAUCUAUGUCCUCGGGGGCCGCCAGGGCAAGCUCCCAGUGACUGCUUUUGAGGCCUUUGAUCUGGAGGCCCGUACCUGGACCCGGCACCCAAGCCUGCCUAGCCGCCGGGCCUUUGCUGGCUGCGCCAUGGCCGAAGGCAGCGUCUUUAGUCUGGGUGGCCUGCAGCAGCCUGGGCCCCACAAUUUCUACUCCCGCCCACACUUUGUCAACACUGUGGAGAUGUUCGACCUGGAGCAUGGGUCCUGGACCAAGCUGCCCCGUGGCCUGCGUAUGAGGGAUAAGAGGGCCGACUUCGUGGUUGGCUCCCUCGGGGGCCACAUCGUGGCCAUCGGGGGCCUUGGAAACCAGCCAUGCCCUCUGGGCUCUGUGGAGGGCUUCAGCCUUGCACGGAAGCGCUGGGAGGCACUGCCUGUCAUGCCCACAGCACGUUGCUCCUGUUCUAGUCUGCAGGCAGGGCCCCGGCUGUUUGUCAUUGGGGGUGUGGCCCAGGGUCCCAGCCAAGCUGUGGAGGCUCUGUGUCUACGUGAUGGGGUCUGAAUGCCUGAUGGGACCUUGUCCACUGGAGCAGCUCAAUGCCAGACGCAGAUAUCUGUGACUCCUUGUGCUGCUAAGGAAGCUCACUGUGGCUCUGUGGGAUGAGGGAGGCACAGGCAUGGAAACUUGAGACACUGCCUCGGGGACUUGAGGGGGGGAGGGGGGUGUUCCAUCUUUAGCGUAGGACAUACGUACGUGUACACCACCUUUACCCCCAUUUGUUCAUGGACCAUGCCUAGCUCUACUGUUGCUCUGGAACCUAUUGGGCCCGCUGUCCUAUGGGGAAGUGGGGGGAGGGGAGAGCUGGCCUCAUGCCCUGCAGGGUCAGUGUCUACCUGGAGUUGACCAGGCCCACCCCAAUGACUGUUCCUGAAAAACCCUAGCUGCCAGCUUGCCUUGAAGACCCCUGUGGGCACCAGAGAGUUCAGAGAGGGCAGGGGACACAGAGGGAAUGGAAGAAUGGAUGCGGAAACCUCCAGGGGGCCAGAGUAAUAUUGGCUUUGGGCCCUUUACACUUCUGGCUGUGUGACCUUGGGCCAGUCAUUUCACCUCUCUGUGCCUCAGCAUCCUCAUCUGUAAAUGGGGAUCUCUGAAACCAUCCUGCCCUACCUACCUCACAGGGCUGUUGUGAGGACCCAGGGUGUUUAGAUAUGGAAGUAAAAAUGCUGCUAACAUCUGA